GAUCCACAUUCUUUUAUUCUUUCCCCUUGAAGAAUAGUUUAGUUUGGUUUCUCAAAUCCUGAUUCAUAGGAUUUGGGAGUUUAGUUCAUAAGUAAGUCAAAUGGGCCGAGCAUUUUCCCUAUAUUUGCUUGCUGUUCUGGCAAUUUGGGGUGGUGUUAGUGUGAAGGCAGAGGAUGCUUACAAGUAUUUCACGUGGGUCGUUACCUAUGGAACAGCUGCGCCACUUGGCGUUUCUCAACAGGUCAUAUUGAUAAAUGGACAAUUUCCUGGCCCCAGGCUUGAUACUGUCACAAAUGACAACAUAAUCAUAAACGUCAUCAAUAAACUGGACCAGCCUUUCCUUUUGACAUGGAAUGGGAUCAAACAACGAAAGAAUUGUUGGCAAGAUGGUGUUUUGGGUACAAAUUGCCCGAUCCUUCCAAAUAAGAACUACACAUACAAGUUCCAAAUGAAGGAUCAAAUCGGAAGCUACUCUUACUUCCCCUCGACACUUAUGCACAGAGCUGCCGGAGGUUUUGGAGCACUUAACAUUUAUGCUCGAAAAGUAAUUCCCGUUCCGUAUGCUCCGCCUGCAGCAGAUUAUAGCCUGCUUGUGGGUGAUUGGCGUAAGACCAGUCACAAGAGAUUGCAGCAAAUACUUGAUUCUGGAAAGACGACAUUGCCUUUCCCCGAUGCACUCCUUAUAAACGGCCAACGCAAACCUUCAUUCACUGGUGCCCAAGGGACUACAAUCAUGCUCAGGGUCACGAACAUCGGUUUAUCCACAUCUAUCAAUUUCAGAAUUCAAAACCACCCAAUGAAGCUCGUCGAGGUCGAAGGGUCCCACGUGCUCCAAAAUAUCUACGAUUCUCUCGACAUUCAUGUUGGCCAAUCAGCCACAGUCCUUGUCACCUUGGAUAAACCCCCAAAGGAUUAUCACAUUGUUGCAUCCACACGGUUUACCCAAACAGUCCUUACAGUCAUCAGCAUUUUGCGCUACUCCAACUCCAACGCUCGGGCUUCCGGGCUCCUCCCACCUGGCCCGCCUAGUGGAGUACAUUGGUCCAUGGUCCAAGCUAGAUCCUUCAGGUGGAAUCUGACCUCAAAUGCAGCUAGGCCCAACCCGCAAGGCUCGUUCCAUUACGGGAUGAUAAAUCUAACGAGGACUUUCGUGCUCGCCAACUCAGCGCCCAUUAUUAACGGCAAGCAAAGAUAUGCCGUAAAUGACAUUUCUUACGUAAACACCGAAACACCCUUGAAGCUCGCAGAUUAUUACAACAUCUCGGGUGUUUUCAGCGUCAACUCCAUUCAGAGCAUGCCAUCUGGCAGCGGCGGGCCCAGGCUCGGGACUUCUGUCUUGGGAGCCUCACUCCAUGACUUUGUCGAGAUUGUGUUUCAGAACAAUGAGGGCACGCUUCAGUCGUGGCAUGCCGACGGAUAUGACUUCUGGGUUGUCGCCUUCGGAAAAGGGCAGUGGACUCAAGCGAGCAGGCGGGCUUACAAUCUUCGUGAUGCUUUGACAAGACACACUAUACCGGUAUUUCCCAAAUCAUGGGCUGCAAUAUUAGUGUCUUUAGACAAUCAGGGCAUGUGGAAUUUGAGGUCAGCAAUUUGGGAUAGACAAUAUCUCGGACAACAAUUAUAUGUGAGGGUUUACAAUCCGAUACAAACCUUCUCAAACGAGUACGCCAUACCAGACAAUGCACUGCUUUGCGGAAAAGAUGUUGUCGUUUUACUUGCUUACAAAAUUGAUUGUACUUUCAAACAAUGGACUAUAUUGCUCGAGAAUUCGGCCGUGCGGCUCGACGGGAAGAGGAGGUAUGCCGUCAACAAGGUGCCGUACGUGAACCCGGACACACCAUUGAAGCUAGCCGACUACUUCAAUAUACCGGGCAUUUUCGGGUUGAAGUUGACUAAGGACGGCCUGCCGGCCGGGCCUGUCGUGCUUGGAAUUGCGCUCGAUUUUGCUCACCCAACUUGGCAAAGUUUGGUGGUGGGAAAUGGAAUCCUAAUUCCUACAUUGAGGCAGCGAUUUUACAAUUACAAUGAUGCCCCCACUAGGAGUAUAGUUCAGGUGUAUCCUUAUUCUUGGAGUGCAAUUCUGGUGUCUCUAGACAACAAGGGAAUGUGGAAUUUGAGGUCUGCAAACUGGCCACGUCGGUACCUUGGCCAAGAGCUGUAUGUGAGAGUGUGGAAUGACGAAUAUAGCCUUUACACCGAGUAUGAUAUGCCUUCAAAUGUACUGCUUUGUGGCAGGGCCAAGCGCUAA